CGCGAGUGACGUCAUGAGCGCCUCGCUGCCCACCAGCCAACAUGGCGGACUUUGAUACCAUUUAUGAGUUAGAAGAUGACGACGACGAACGCGUAGUCAUCGAGGAACACUUGUCCAGAUACUUCCCGGAGCCCGUGGUAAUGCGCGGGGCCGGCCACAUCACAGUGUUCGGUCUGAGCAACCGCUUCGACACAGAGUUCCCCUCCGUCCUCACAGGAAAGGUGGCGCCGGAGGAGUUCCGCACCAGCGUGGGCCGCGUCAACGCCUGCCUGAAGAAGAACCUUCCGGUGAACGUCAAGUGGCUCCUGUGCGGCUGCCUGUGCUGCUGCUGCACGGCCGGCUGCAGCCUGUGGCCCGUCAUCUGCCUCAACAAGCGGACCAGACGCUCCAUUCACAAGCUGCUGGAGUGGGAGAAUAACAGAUUGUACCACAAGCUGGGCCUGCACUGGAAACUGAGCAAAAGAAAAUGUGAGAGCAGCAACAUGAUGGAAUAUGUGAUUCUUAUAGAAUUCUUACCUAAAUAUCCCAUAUUGAGACCCGACUGAGGACCGCCGCCUCCUCCUCUCCUCUUCAGUGCCUUGUGGGAAGGAACUUGCAACACUGUCACUUUUGCUUUGGAGCGCAUUUUGCACAUUUUCUCCAGUCAACUCUUCUACGACCCCCCCACCCCACGCCCAUGCCCCCCCGCCCUCCUUGCACUUGCCCUUUUCUUCCCCAGCAGAGGAAGAAGCAGCAUCCACCUGGACGUCCUUCUAAUGUUACCUUCUAAUGUUACUUCCGCUUUUGCUCCAGUUUGGACGGAGAAAGGAUGCCCGACGUUUGACCACAGCAGGAAAGCCGGGGGGGGGGGCGCCCCCGGACCCCCCCCGGCCUAAACGUCCAGUGCAGGUCAUCAUCCCCCUCCAUCUUCUUCUUUCCUUCCUGUAGACUUGACGUGCUGUUUAUCAUCCAUGUGCAUUGUUUACAUAGCGUAGCUGUUUGUGUCGGCCAAUGAGACGAGCCGUACCGUAGUUGGACCCGUUUACCUUGGAAGCCAUAAAUACUGUACAGUAUAUCCAUAUGGGCCACGUACAGUGGCGUCGCAAACAUGCCACCCGUGGGUCUCGCGGCUCCGGUGUUCUGCCAAUUACUUUCAGCCACGCCCACUAAAGUAUUUUUGUGCAAGAUUGGAAACGAGCACCGGCGCUCAUUUCAACGUUUGUAUUUAUUUCACCCGUUUUUACUCUUUUUGUUGGGAGUCCAAUGUUGCUGCAUCCGUUUGUACUUAGAGUGCCUCUCCCAUACUUCAACCACGCAUCCCACCUGCCCCCCCCCCCGGGACCCCUGCCCCCACCUCCUGACUACUGUCUUGUCAAUGUUUGUUCAAAAAAAAAAAAACAAUCCUCGCAAGAAAAUAAACUCAUUUGGACUUUUCUCAACGAGUGUU